AUUUCGUCAUUUCCAAAAAGGAAGCUUUUGCAGGCGGGAGCUCUGCCUAUAAUGCAAAGCACAAAUCUAGGGCUUCAAAUGUUCAAAACUUCGUCUUGCUCUUCUUCUUCUCUCUACUCUUUAACUCUUCAGGCACGGUCUUAAUCUCUCUCUCUCUAAAAAGUCCAUUUUUCAGCACGUUCUCGCUCCUAAGCAUGGCGCUUGCCUUCGAUGAAUAUGGAAGGCCCUUCAUCAUCCUCAAGGAGCAGGAGCAGAUGAACAGGCUGAGGGGCCUCGAUGCGCAAAAGGCCAACAUUUCGGCUGGAAAAGCAGUUGCUCGGAUUCUGAGGACUUCUCUUGGGCCUAAGGGCAUGGACAAGAUGCUCCAGAGCCCUGAUGGCGAAGUCACCAUCACAAAUGAUGGGGCUACUAUCUUGGAGCAAAUGGAUGUUGACAAUCAAAUUGCAAAGCUGAUGGUAGAGUUAUCACGAAGCCAGGAUUAUGAGAUUGGUGAUGGUACCACUGGUGUUGUUGUUAUGGCUGGUGCACUUCUCGAGCAGGCAGAGAGACUAUUAGAAUGUGGUAUCCAUCCCAUUAGAAUCGCAGAGGGCUAUGAGAUGGCUUCCAGAAUGGCUGUGGACCAUCUUGAGAAAAUCUCGAAGACGUUUGAGUUUAGUUUGACGAACAUUGAGUCACUGGUUCAGACUUGCAUGACCACUUUGUCUUCUAAGAUUGUUAAUCGAUGCAAGCGGAGUUUAGCUGAGAUUGCUGUUAAAGCAGUGCUUGCUGUAGCAGAUUUGGAUAGAAAGGAUGUCAAUUUGGAUUUAAUUAAAGUUGAGGGAAAAGUGGGCGGAAAGUUAGAGGACACUGAGCUAGUUUAUGGUAUCACUGUCGACAAGGACAUGAGCCAUCCACAGAUGCCUAAGCGUAUUGAAAAUGCUAAAAUUGCCAUUUUGACUUGCCCGUUUGAACCCCCAAAGCCCAAGACAAAGCAUAAGGUGGACAUUGACACAGUUGAAAAAUUCCAGACACUACGCAAACAAGAACAACAGUAUUUUGAUGACAUGGUUCAAAGAUGCAAAGAUGUAGGUGCGACCUUGGUUAUUUGUCAAUGGGGUUUUGAUGAUGAAGCUAACCAUCUGUUAAUGAAUCGGGGAUUGCCUGCAGUUCGAUGGGUUGGAGGUGUGGAGUUAGAGUUGAUUGCAAUUGCUACAGGGGGAAGGAUUGUGCCAAGAUUUCAAGAGUUGACUCCUGAAAAGCUAGGGAAGGCGGGUAUAGUUAGAGAAAAAUCAUUUGGAACAACCAAAGACCGCAUGCUGUAUAUAGAGCAAUGUGCAAAUUCAAGGGCAGUAACUAUAUUCAUUCGUGGCGGCAAUAAAAUGAUGAUCGAGGAGACAAAACGUAGUCUCCAUGAUGCCCUUUGUGUUGCAAGGAAUUUGAUCCGCAAUAAUUCAAUUGUCUAUGGUGGUGGAUCAGCGGAAAUCUCUUGCUCCAUUGCUGUGGAAGCAGCUGCUGAUAGAAUUCCUGGAGUAGAGCAGUAUGCGAUUAGGGCUUUCGCGGAUGCUUUGGACUCAAUCCCAAUGGCUUUGGCAGAGAACAGUGGCCUCCAACCCAUUGAAACUCUAACUGCUGUGAAGUCUCAACAAGUCAAGGAGGGUAACCCACAUUAUGGGAUAGAUUGCAAUGAUAUUGGAACAAACGACAUGCUUCAGCAAGAUGUGUUUGAGACUCUGAUUGGAAAGCAGCAGCAAAUAUUGCUUGCUACACAGGUUGUGAAAAUGAUACUCAAAAUUGAUGAUGUCAUCUCCCCUGCCGACUACUGAUUAUUGGGCAUGAAUUUUGGUUUUGAAAUUGUGGUCAAAUUCAAGUCGCUGCUCUGUGAUUGAGUGGUUUCUCCUGCUCAUUGACUUUUAACUGAGUUAUAUUAUGCAUUAGGUUUGAGUUAAUGAGUGGAUAGUUAAGUCUUACUGAAGUUCCAUUUAUCUGGCAUUGAUUUCUUCGGCUACGAUUAGUGAAGCAUGGAGCAUGCAUGAAUCCGUUUUGUAAUGAAGUUAUGCAUAUUAGAGCGAUGUGAUGUUUUACGAC